AUGGGCGAGCUGGCAGCGACUGCUUCCCUGGCGGCGGCCACUUGCACAGGGGUGCCGCCGCAGUUGACCACCACCAAGAUCAGCGUGCUCGGAGACCAGACUGUACGUGACGGCCGACGACUUCUCAUUGGACAGGGUCCAGUCGGAAAUGGCGUGCAGUGCGGGGUUGAUGUCGGCAUGGUGGUUGCCAACCUCGCCAACAUGGGUAUCUCCAUCAACUCAGCUGUGAACAGUGGCUUCUGUGGCCGCGUCAACCUCAAGGGGCCAAUCAACAAGGUCACUGGCGUUUUCAGCGCAUUGUGCACGGUGGACAUUGGCGGCGCGAUCGCCUACAUGAGCCAGGUCGUGACGUUCAUCAAUCUCAUUGUGGUUCACUGCCAGGACUUCCUGGACGUCAGUGCACUCUGUGGAGCAAGCAUCUCAGGCAUCAUCACGGCCGCCGCAGCCAUGGCUCCUUAUGGCGCUGCCGUGCACGCUGCGUGUGCCGAGGAUGUCCUGAAGAAUCCCAAGAAGCAAGAGCUCCUCAACGGCCUGUACACGGUGCCCACUUUCACCCGCCGGUUGGAGGAAGUGAAGAAAGUGCAGGAGUUGAAAGAUGCCAUGGCCAAUCUGAGGGACCUGCGCCAGAAGUUGGAGACCAAGAUCGGCUUCAAUGCCUCGGUGCCGACCAUGUAUUCCGAGGCGAACAUGGAGCAAAUGAUCCAACUGAUGAACGAUGGAAUUGCUGGCGAUGCGGAGACGUCGUCCAUGCGCGGGUCUUCGGACACGAAGGAAGAGUGUGAAGAGUAA